CUAAUGGAAAAACUGCCGAAGAAAUUCAUACGUUAAUGAAUUAUAAAGAAAUUGGAAAUUUGCAAGAGACUUAUCGUCGUAUAUUGAUGAAACUAAAACGAUCCGAUGAUGCUAAUCUAACAAAUGCCAUAUUUUAUCAAGAGGACUAUCACCUGUCUAAUAAAUACAGAAGUAUUAUGAAGAGAGUUUUCAAUGCUGAGAUAGUAUCAAUGGAUUUUCGCAUGGAAAAAUCAGAGAAUUACAUUAAUAAAUGGAUACGGAAUGUUACAAAUCAUAAAAUUAAAAGCAUUAUGCAAGAUUCUCCAACUAAUGAAACAUUGAUGUUGCUUUUGAAUGCAUUUUACUUCAGAGGAACUUGGUUAUUUCCAUUCAGCAAUCGUUCCACCAAGAGAAGACAUUUUUAUAACGAAAACAAUUCAACUUCAUACGUCUAUACGAUGAAAUUAAAGGAAAAAUUACCAUUUUAUCGCAGCAAACAGUAUAAUUUAUCAAUUUUAGAGUUACCAAUUAGCAACAACAGAACGAGUAUGAUGAUAAUUCUACCGGAUAAGAAAUUCGAUUUAACAGAAGAGAAAUUAAAACACUUCAUCAGAAACUUGGCACCGACUGAUGUUGAAGUUUAUCUACCCAGAUUUAAAAUUGAAAUGGCAUUCCAGUUACAGGAUAUUCUGAAACGUUUAGGUGUGAGGAAGAUUUUUACUACAUCGGCGGAUUUAAGCAAUAUCACUAGAGAUUCUGGUCUAUUCGUUUCUGAUAUGCUUCAUAAAACCGUACUCGAAGUUAAUGAAUCGGGAAUAGAAUCUUCUAGUAUAUCUGCUGUACAAAUUGUUGGCAAAAAUAUCGUUUUUAUUGAGCAUAUCUUCAAUGCUAAUCGUCCUUUCGUCUUUAUCAUUUUAGAUAAACCUACAAAUAUCAUUUUACUAAUGGGAAAUCAGCAGCAAUGUAAGAUGAAGUCUAUGAGUUUCGGCAUAUUGUUAGCUUUGGCUACGGUUGCAUAUUCAUACCCUUCAAGUUUAAUACCAGGCCUAAAUGAUUAUUCUCUAAAAGUUCACAGAACUUUAAUAACCGAAGGAACAAAUGUCAUUACGUCUCCUUUAUGUUACUUUUCUCAGCUAAAUUUAUUAUAUUUAGGAGCAAGAAAUCGAACAGCUCAAGAAUUACGCCAUUCGCUAGGAUACGAUUCGGCCAAAGUUCCAGAAUUUCAAGUACAUUCAUUCUGGAAACAGCUAUUAACUAGAUUAAUUCAUCUACACAAUAAUAGAUACAUAAAAAUGGCAAAUGUUGCUGUUGUGAGAUCAGACUUCCCUGUUAAAGAAAGUUACAAAAGAAAUGUAAGACAGUAUUACAAUGCUUCAGUAAUCAAAUAUAAUGUCUUUGAAAGCCAAGAAAAUAUGAGGUCUGUUAAUAACUUUAUAUAUAGGGACACUAAUGGAAAAGCACCACCUGUUCUGUUAGCACCACUUGAUGCUUACACUCGCUUAGCCUUAUUAAACAGUGCAUAUUUUGCCACAGAAUGGAAAUUCAGAUUUCAAAAGGUACAACAAAGUUCCUUCUAUAAUAGAGGUCUAAAAGCUCAUCCGUCACACUUGCCAUUUCUGAAAGUAAAUGGAAGCUUCCCUUAUGCUAAUUUAAAAGUCCAUGAUGUGUCAGUUAAAGCAGUUGAGUUACCAUGUGAAGAAAACAUCUCGAUCUUAUUCCUUCUACCAAAUUCAUCAAUGGAAGAUCUCAUUAAACUAGAGCAACGUCUUACUGAUAAAUCUCUAAACAAAAUUCUGGAGAGCAUGAAAAAUUCAAGCGUUGGGGUUGAAAUUCCUAAAUUUAAACUGCAACCGGGCAUAGAUUUAAUGUGGAAGAUACAAUUUCUCGGUGUUCGGGAUUCCUUUAAUAUGGCUGCUAAUCUGAAAAAUAUCAGCGAGAAGAAUGGAUUGUUUGUAAGUAAAGUUUUGCACAAAAUGGUUUUGGAUGUAGAUAAUUAUGGUCGAAGACCAACUCAAGCAGUUUAUAGAAUAGAAAAUAAGUUUGUAGCCAACAAACCAUUCUUAUUCUACGUUCGAGAUUCUGUAACAGGAAUGAUACUGUUUAUGGGAAGAAUUGUAAGUCUUGCUUCUAAAUAAAAUUUUAUU